AAAGGUCCUGCCAUCAAAGGUUUUGCUCAGAAAGUGAAGCAUUUACAUCCCUAUUUUUCUGGUUGCACUGUCGGUUGGUCGACUUUUGCCUUGACUCUCUUGGAUAAUGUUCGCCUCAAGUGCUUCCCGAUGCCUGCGUGGCUUCAGCAAGUUGGCACAGCGCAAUGCCAGCACGCUGAUCCUGGCCGAACACAGCAACAACACGCUGAACGCGGCCACGCUGAGCGCCGUCACGGCGGCCAAGACCAUGGGUGGCGACAUCACCGCACUGGUGGCCGCCUCCAGUCCCGCUGACCAGGUGGUCUCCGACUUGAGAAAGGUUGAUGGUGUUACACGUGUACUCCUGGCCAACGGUGAUGCUUUUGAGGGUGCCCUACCAGAGACGGUCACUCCGGUUGUUGUUGCCGCUCACAAGCAGUUCAACUUCAGCCAUAUCGCUGCUGGACACACCGCCAUGGGAAAGAAUAUUCUGCCGCGCGUCGCUGCUCUCCUGGACGUGAAUCAGAUCUCCGAUGUCACUGGCAUCGAAGGCGAGGACACGUUUGUUAGGACUAUUUAUGCCGGCAAUGCUGUUGCCACCGUCAAGUCGGCGGAUGACGUGAAGGUGUUCACCGUGCGUACCACCGCGUUCCCCGCUGCUGAGGUGGCCAGCAACUCUGCAACAGAAGAAACCGCACCCGCGGCCGAAACUCCUGAAGGCCUGUCCAAGUUUGUCGGACAGGAGCUUAGCAAGAGCGACCGUCCGGAGCUGUCUUCUGCCAAGAUUGUCAUCUCUGGUGGGCGUGGUAUGAAGAACGGAGAGAACUUUGAGCUUCUCUACAAAAUGGCUGACAAGCUUGGUGCUGCAGUUGGUGCAUCUCGUGCCGCUGUCGACGCCGGUAUGGUUCCCAACGACAUGCAGAUUGGACAGACUGGCAAGAUUGUCGCUCCCGAGUUGUAUAUUGCCGUCGGUAUCUCUGGUGCCAUCCAGCAUUUGGCUGGUAUGAAGGACAGCAAGAUCAUUGUUGCCAUCAACAAGGACGAGGAAGCACCGAUCUUCCAAGUGUCCGACUUUGGUCUGGUGGCUGAUUUGUUCAAGGCUGUUCCGGAGAUGACAGACGCACUUUGAAGAAGAAGGGGGAAAAUAGAUGCCCGAGCCCAAUCCUUAUCGUCCCUCUGUCAAGCCCCUGUUGGCUGGAUGGGUGGAUACACUAGUACAGGUUUCCACAGAACAGCGCCACCGAUAACGACAACAACAACAACAACAACAACAGUCAAGCUCCUCACCGGAGCUGUUCGUUUGCUUAUGGCGUGCGUCCUGGUUGAGAGAGCGCUCUGUGUCUAAGAAAUGCAAGGCCAGCGACAUUGCAUCACCAUCCAUCGCAGAUCCUGUUCUUUGACCAUGGUCCGAUUUGCUACCAUUGAAAUUAAUACUGCUAGCCUUUUCUUGUAAACGGAUAUACUCUUUCUUGCAUGGUUCUGGUGUUUCUGGCGCACUUAUUUGUGUGCUCGGCAGCUCGCUGACACCAAACUGUCGACAUCGUAAACUACGAAAGAACAAUCUGAAUGCGAA